UCGGAAGGCCUACGAAAUCCCUAAAACCUCCCCAUCUUCUUCUCCCUCCCAUCGCGAUCUCCGAGAUCCCAUCAAUGGCGGCGAGGCCGACGCUCUCCCGCUUCCCCAUCGACGCGGAUACCCAGGAAUCGUGCGGCCUCCCGUGGGGCGUCACCCUGACGCCAUUCUCGUCGGUGGACGAGCAAGGCGUCGCGCCGGCGUACGGCUCCGACGGGCAUCUCCUCCCCCGCUGCGAGAACUGCUGGGCCUACUUCAACACCUAUUGCGAGCUCGAGCAGUGGGCCUGGACCUGCGCCCUCUGCGGCUCCCUCAACUACCUUACCAUGCAGGUCAUCGAGCGCUACUCCCAGUCCGAAGCCUGUGCCGAGAUGUGCUCCUCCUUCAUCGAUCUCGAGCUACCAGUGGAAGGAUAUCGGGAAGAGUCUCGGCCUGUUUAUGUCGCAGCAGUGGAUCUGGCUUGUUCUGAAGAGUUUUUAGAGCUUGUCAAAAGUGCUCUUCUAGCAGCUCUUGAAGCUCUUGGGCCAGGGUCAUUGUUUGGGCUUGUUACAUUCAGCCAUAAGAUUGGGUUAUAUGAUGUUCAAGGUCCUGUACCUCUUGUGAAAAAUGUUUUUGUUCCACCUGAUUUGGACAGUGGAUUGCCUGUUGGCCUUGAAGAUGUGAUGCCAUUGCUUUCAUUUUUGGCUCCUGUGGACACUUGCAAGGAUCGCAUCGCUGCAGCUCUUGAGACACUAAGGCCUACAACUUCUUGGGAGAGAACCACAGGUGCAGAGCAAGGGCUCGAUGGUAUAUUGUUAGGUGGCCGUGGCUUUGGAUCAGCCAUGGUUGCUCUUAUUGACUACCUCAGUUCAGAAUAUGGGCAUACCUUUGCACUGGCUAGGGUGUUUGCCUUUUUGUCUGGUCCUCCUGAUUAUGGAGCUGGACAGUUAGACACGAGGCGGUACGGGGAACAGUAUGCUAGCAGAGGGGAGGAUGCAGACCGUGCAUUGCUACCUGAGCAGACACCAUUCUAUAAAGAUUUGGCUGCUGGUGCUGUUCAAGCAGGUGUCUGUGUGGACAUUUUUGCUAUUACAAAUGAAUACACAGACUUGGCUUCUCUUAAAUUUCUGAGUAUUGAGAGUGGUGGUUCUCUGUUUCUUUAUGCGAAUACGGAUGAUUCCACACUUCCACAGGACAUGUACCGAAUGUUGAGUCGCCCAUAUGCAUUUGGCUGUAUAUUGCGAUUGAGAACAUCUUCUGAGUUCAAACCUUGUCAUUCUUAUGGUCAUUUCUUCCCAGAUCCUCAGUAUGAAAAUGUUCAACAUAUCAUUUGCUGUGAUUCUUUUGCAACAUAUGCUUAUGACUUCGAGUUUUCAGAUUCUGAUGGUUUUUCCAGGCACACAGAACGUCCUGUUCUACAGAUUGCAUUUCAAUAUACUGUUAUUGUUCCUUAUGAGGUGACAUCAGAUACUGGCUCAAAUUCUUCUACAAGGUUUUGUCUUAAAAGACGAUUAAGAAUAAGGACACUGCAGUAUGGAACGACUGGAAAUAUCAACGAACUUUAUGACAAUGUCGAUUCUGAAGCUGUUUUGUCUAUCCUUGUUCACAAGGUUAUUCUAGCUUCCUUGGAGGAAGGAGUCAGGGAAGGCAGAAUGUUGCUCCAUGAUUGGCUAGUCAUUCUUACAGCCCAGUAUAACAAUGCAUAUAAAAUUGCUCAUAAUGAUAAUGGAAGUUCAAUUUCUCGUGUUGAUGUAGCCUUCUCUCAGUGCCCACAAUUGCAGCCCUUACCCCGACUUGUCUUUGCUUUAUUAAGGAACCCUCUUCUCCGGUUUCAUGAAGAAGGUGUUCACCCAGAUUACCGGAUAUACCUUCAGUGCCUUUGCAGCGCACUGGAUCCUUCUUCCCUCCACCGGGCUAUAUAUCCUGUGCUGACUUCAUAUGCUACACCAGACAAACAAGCAUAUCCACGCCAUUCAUUAAGUCGUGCUGCUCUCAUUACCAGUGGAAGUCCGAUAUUCUUUCUCGAUGCCUUCACAAAUCUCAUUGUAUAUUAUUCUUCAACAGCUGAUCCUUCACUUCCCUUUCCUCCUCCACAUGAUUGUCUUCUGCGAACAACAAUCAAUAAAUUAAAGCAAGAGAGGAGUAUCACACCAAAGCUUACAUUUAUUCGUGGAGGGCAGGAUGAUGCCACAUUAUUUGAGAACUAUCUCAUUGAGGAGCAGGACGUUGAUGGCACUGGUAUUAGCAGCGUCACAGGUUUUGUUUCCUUCCUUGAGGAGAUCGCCCGGGAUGUAGCAGAAUAUCUCAAAUAAAAAUAUAAAGGUAACUGAAAGUUUCCGAUCUUGGCAUCUACAUAGAUAAAUGCAGGUAUCGAUGAAGAGUUACUGAGGUCUGCGUAUGAAAACUACACAUACGUGCAGGACUGAAAUAGCCAAGGAUGUUUUUUGUGCCGUUGGUUUUUCCCAUUGCUGAAGUAGCAGAAAGAACGUUUAUUGUCGACAUUUUGUAUUCAAGUUGCUAUUUAUGAGAAUGAUUUAGGCUAUAUCCCAGUUCGAUUGGUGUAUAUGCUGAAACAAAGAGCUCCUCUCUCCAAAACCUGUAAAAGCUGCUUGAUGAAAGGUAAGAUUUGAAUGCACAUUGAUGCUUGAAUGAUCAAGAACUAUUUAUUCACUGAUGGAGCGGGAGGAAGCUAUUCACUCUUCAUCCAAAAGCCUGGAUUGCAUGAGCUCGCGUAGCAGUUCUGGGUGCUUAUACUUCCAUCGGACUCUCCCCGUGGUGCAAAUCUCAACAUAAUUUUUGAAAUCGAGUCAAAUGACUUUUUAGCAGUUGCACGGAGCUUCUUUCAGCUGGCAUAACGCUUAUGUGCGCCUAUCAAAAACUCUGAAGAGUUAUAUACUAUUUGCAUGGGAUCUUCACCAA